CCUCCCCCUCCUUUUUCUGAAAGUCACAUGGGGAAGUUAUCUCGUGACAGUUUUGAACAAAUACGAGGAGAACAAGGCGUUCCGCGGAUGGUGUGUUUCAAUUGGACAGCACAUCUUCAGCAUCCAAGUGUCGGAGGCGUCCAGCCAGAGCUGUUCCACUGCCCCCUCCUGCGCCACCACCACCACCUCCGGCCCGCAGCGGCCACAUCUUCUUCAGAGUUGAGCUUUUGAUCCCUGUUCUCCGCACGCGGACAGCCGGCUGCCAAAUACUGAACCUUCGAGCAGGAAGUGGGUGAAGCUGCGCGCGGCGCCGCAGAGAGAGGGUCAAGAGGUCAGGCUGCUGUCACCAUGUCCAACGAAAACACUCCUCUGAUUACCUCCAGAGUGUGCGGUCUGACCAUGACCGCCCCGACAUGCGGCACAGCUCCAGAAUCCCCUCAGGAGUCCGCCUCUGGGGCUCCAAGCCAGAGCCCUCGGAGGCUGAACACCUUCUUUGGAGUGAUGGUACCAACUGUCCUGUCCAUGUUCAGUAUCAUUCUCUUCCUCAGGACAGGCUUUGUGGUCGGUCACGCUGGGCUGCUGGAGGGUCUUUUAAUGAUAGCUGUUGCCUACAUCAUCAUAUCUCUCACAAUACUGUCCAUCUGUGCCAUUUCUACCAAUGGUGCCAUACAGGGGGGUGGAGCUUACUACAUGAUCAGCCGCUCUUUGGGGCCCGAGUUUGGAGGAAGCAUUGGACUGAUGUUCUUCCUGGCCAAAGUGUUUGCAUGUGGAGAAUAUGUUCUGGGUCUCGUGGAGGCAUUACUUGAUGUAUUUGGUAUGGACACAGAGUCAUCUGUAUCCGCGGGCGUGCGGGUGCUUCCUCAGGGGUACUGGUACACCAUACUAUACUCUUCAGUGGUCCUCCUCCUGUGUCUGAUCAUCUGUCUCGUCGGCGCUCACAUCUACUCCCGGACCGCCUUUGUCAUCCUGCUGGUGGUCACCGUCUCGCUGCUGUCCAUCUUCAUCAGUUCUGUCGCGGUCAAGCCACAAAACUUUGUCAUCACUCACCAGGGACUGGGUAACCAGACGUUGCGCUACAACGCCAGCUUCACGGGUUUCAGUGCCGCAACGCUGAGGAGCAACCUGGGCCCUCGUUACUCUCUGGACUACAGCACCAACACUGUCAUGUCCUUUGCUACCGUGUUUGCCGUCAUGUUCACCAGCUGCACUGGAAUCAUGGCUGGAGCCAACAUGUCAGGGGAGCUGAAGACGCCAAGUGUGUCUAUCCCAAGGGGCACUAUCAUCGCUGUCAUUUACACCUUCACCGUCUACAUCCUCCUCUUCAUUUUGGCCAGUGCCACUUGUGAUAGAACCCUGUUGAUUCAGGAUUAUGGAUUCUUCCAGCGAAUCAAUUUAUGGCCGCCUUUUGUCACAAUUGGAAUAUUCUGCGCCUCUCUGUCUGCCGCCAUGUGUGCUAUGAUUGGAGCGUCCCGCAUCCUCCACGCUCUUGCUUUGGACCAGCUCUUUGGUUUGCCGUUAGCUCCAGCUGCCGUCACGUCAAGCUCCGGGAAUCCCUGGGUGGCAGUGCUGUAUACCUGGGGGCUGGCACAGUGUGUGGUGUUUGCGGGGCACCUCAAUGCUGUGGCUGGUCUAGUUACUGUCUUCUACCUGCUGGCUUUUGCUGCCGUUGACCUGGCCUGUUUGGCUCUUGAGUGGGCAUCAGCUCCUAAUUUCAGACCGACCUUCCAGUUCUUCUCCUGGCACACGUGUCUGCUGGGGAUUCUCAGCUGUCUGGUCAUGAUGUUCGUCAUUAAUCCCGUGUACUCUUCAGGCAGCAUCGUCCUCCUCUUGCUGCUGCUGCUUUUCCUCCACUACAGGUCGCCCACCAGCAGCUGGGGCUAUAUCAGCCAAGCUCUCAUUUUCCACCAGGUGCGUAAAUAUCUGCUGAUGCUGGACGUGAGGAAAGAGCACGUGAAGUUUUGGAGGCCGCAGGUUCUGUUGAUGGUGUCCAACCCUCGCUCGUCUUGUCAGCUGAUCCUGUUUGUGAACCAGCUGAAGAAAGGCGGCCUCUAUGUUCUUGGUCACGUGCAGCUGGGAGAUCUAGAUGCGCUCCCUUCAGACCCGGUUCAGCAGCAGUACAACUUCUGGCUCAGCCUGGUUGAUAAACUUGGGGUGAAGGCCUUCGUAGACCUGACACUCUCCCCCUCAGUGAGACAAGGAACGCAGCACCUGCUGCGCAUCACAGGCCUUGGUGGCAUGAAGCCCAACACACUGAUUUUAGGUUUCUAUGACAGCUGCACUCCGGAUGACUUCUUCUUACAAGACUCCGCCUUCUAUGACACAUCAGUGGGACAAAACAGUGAGGGGGAAUACAACUUUGGGGUUGACCUGCCCUCGCUGCAGGCCCAUUUCCCCCCCGUCCGGCAUGUUGAGAGCCCCCGAUGGCUGUCGCCGGAGGAGUACGUGGGCAUCAUCUCUGAUGCCCUUAAAAUGAAUAAGAACGUGUGUCUCGGCCGAUACUUUUUCCAGCUGCAGGGAGAAGGUAAAGACAGUAAAACGGACGGAUCGGAGCGCACAAUAGACGUGUGGCCUCUCAACCUGCUGCAGCCCGGCUGCCGGGACUAUCAGGACGUUUGCAGCCUCUUUCUGCUGCAGAUGGCGUGUGUGCUCAACAUGUCCAGCAAGUGGCGCAACGCAAGAAUGAGGAUCUUCCUGAACGUGGAGACUGCUUCAUGCGACCAGGGCUGGGUGAUAAAUGAAGAAACUUUCCGGGAUUUACUGAAAAAACUCCGGAUCAGAGCGUCUAUAAAGAUCGUUUCAUGGGACCCGGCGGUGCAGCAUCACACUAUAUCAGAAGAGGAGCGCCCUUCAGAGUCCCUUCCAACCCUGUCAGAAGACUUUUUAUCAGCAGUGAACUGCAUGUUGACGGAGCACAGCUCCCAAGCUGCUGUGCGCUUUCUGUAUUUACCCCGGCCUCCUGCUCAGGGCAGCCAGGCGCAGCAGUACUUGGCUCAGCUGGAGGCCAUCACCUACGGUUUAGGACCAACACUCCUGAUUCACGGAGUUACCCCAGUCACAUACACUGACCUCUGAGCAUGUGCAGUAGGAGCUUUGCUUAGAUUGUACUACAUGCAGCAAAUACUUUAGUGUUAGGUAGAAGCAUAUCAUUUUAUUGUAUUUAUCUAUAUAUUGUAUGUAUUUAAAUCACCUUCAGCUGAUGCAUCUUUUCGCUUGAGUAGUAAAAGUGCCACUUGACAUUUUGCAUAAAAAUAGGAUAAUUUCCUGUUUUUGUACUUGAAAUGGUUUUAUGAGAUGUCUCAUAUUUUCGCCUAUAAUUUGUGUUUAUAAAAUGUUCUGUUUGCAUCUGUUGUACAUCAGCAAAUAUUUAAACACUGUUCCAAAAAAAAGUACAUUACAAAGACAGAGAACGUUUCUGAGCGAAGAUUUUCUUCAGUGGUUUUUGUUCGAAUGUUACGUUUUUUUUAUCUUAAUGUCUUCAAUACCGUUAGUAAAGCAGUCCUGUAUCUUUUGUUCUUUAAAACUUUGAAACAACACCAGAAACCAUUGCAUCAAAGCAGUUUGCUUCACAACUAAAACUAAUGAGGACUUUUUUAGUUGUAAAAAAUGUGCUAAUUGAAAACCAAAGACUCUUUUUAAGAAAAAACAUUUGUUAGUUUUUUUCAAAUGCUGAAAUGUUUUAACAUGCUCCAGCACUUUUCCUGUUUGCUUUGUUCUUUCUAAAGAUCCUACUCAGUUUGUGAUCUCUUAAUGGAAUGUAGUGCAGAGGAAGAUUUAACCCAGGUGGUUUACUGGGGGAAAAUGAGCUGUUCACCACAUUUACCGUGUCUUUGUUGUUUCAUAUUUAAUAAAAAUAUACUUGAGACUUCA